AUGUCUCAGGAGCAAGCCAAUGCUGCCGCUGAAGCGGUUGCCAAUUUGCAUCUAGAUGAUGCUACCGGUGAAAUGGUUUCUAAAUCUGAAUUGAAAAAACGUCAGAAGCAAAGACAAGUGGAAGCCAAGAGAGCUGCCAAGAAGGCUACCGCUCAACCACCAGCUCCAUCUAAAAAGAAGAAAGAUGAAGCAUUGGCGGAUUUAUCACCAUCUCAAUAUUUUGAAAUGAGAAGUCGUCAAAUCUUGGAACUAAGAAAAUCUCAUCAACCAAAUCCUUACCCACACAAAUUCUUCACAACUACAUCUUUGGCUGAUUUCUUAUCUAAGUACGCUUACUUGCAAAGAGGUGAAACUUUGAAGGAGGAAAAAGUUGCCAUUGCAGGUAGAAUUCACGCAAAGAGAGAAUCUGGUUCUAAAUUGAAAUUUUACGUCUUGCACGGUGAUGGUGCUGAAGUUCAAUUGAUGGCUCAAUUGCAAGACUACCACGAUCCUGAAGCUUAUGAAAAGGAUCAUGAUCUCUUGAAGAGAGGUGAUAUUGUCGGUGUUGAAGGUUACGUCGGUAGAACUCAACCAAAGAAAGGUGGUGAAGGUGAAGUUUCCGUCUUUGUUAGCCGUAUUCAAUUGUUAACUCCAUGUUUGCACAUGUUGCCAGCUGAUCACUUUGGUUUCAAAGACCAAGAAACCCGUUACAGAAAGCGUUAUUUGGAUUUGAUCAUGAACAAGGGUUCUAGAGACCGUUUCAUCACUCGUUCCAAGAUCAUUUCUUUUAUCAGAAGAUUCUUAGAUUCGAAAAAUUUCAUCGAAGUGGAAACACCAAUGAUGAAUGUCAUCGCUGGUGGUGCCACAGCCAAGCCAUUCGUUACUCACCAUAAUGACUUGGAUAUGGAUAUGUAUAUGAGAAUUGCACCAGAAUUGUUCUUGAAGGAAUUAGUUGUUGGUGGUAUGGAGCGUGUUUAUGAAAUUGGUAGGCAAUUCAGAAAUGAAGGUAUUGAUAUGACCCACAACCCAGAAUUUACCACUUGUGAAUUUUAUCAAGCAUUUGCAGAUGUUUACGAUUUAAUGGAUAUGACUGAAUUGUUGUUCUCCGAAAUGGUUAAGGAAAUUACCGGUUCUUAUGAGAUUAAGUACCACCCAGAUCCUCACAACCCAGAAAAGGAGAUGUCCUUGAACUUCGCUAGACCAUGGAAGAGAAUCCACAUGAUUGAAGCAUUGGAAGAAAGGUUCAACACCAAGUUCCCAGCUGGUGACCAAUUGCACACUAAGGAAACUGGUGAAUUUUUGAAGAACCUUUUGGCUGCCAACAAGAUGGAUUGCCCACCACCUUUGACCAACGCUCGUAUGUUGGACAAGCUUGUUGGUGAAUUGGAAGACACCUGUAUCAACCCAACUUUCAUUUUUGGUCACCCUCAAAUGAUGUCCCCAUUGGCUAAAUACUCUAGAGAUAUGCCAGGUUUGUGUGAACGUUUCGAAGUUUUCGUUGCUACCAAAGAAAUCUGUAACGCCUACACCGAGUUAAACGAUCCAUUUGACCAAAGAGCACGUUUCGAAGAACAAGCUAGACAAAAGGACCAAGGUGAUGACGAAGCUCAGUUAGUCGAUGAAACCUUCUGUAACGCUCUAGAAUACGGUCUACCACCAACUGGUGGUUGGGGUUGCGGUAUCGAUAGAUUGGCAAUGUUCUUGACCGACUCCAACACUAUUAGAGAAGUGCUUUUGUUCCCAACUUUGAAACCUGAUGUCCUAAGGGAGGAAGUUAAGAAGGAGGAAGUUAAGCCUUCCGCUUAA